AUGGCGAUGGAAAAAAGUAGCGUCAAGGCAACGGAGUUCGUUGGCAAGCUGCCGGGAAAUGUUUUCGGUUUCCGGACCGUCGGCGACGCCACAGGAACCGGUUUCGAGGCUAGCCCUGAAAAGUGCAAAUUACGUAGUGCCUGGGCUGGGCGCUUGGGAAUUUCGCGUGACAUUGCGCGUGACAGGCUGUUCUCCAGAUGGAAGGAGAGAUACUUCAUCCUAACACGUGAUUAUCUCAAUUGUUUCAAACGAGCCACCGGAUCCGCGUCGGAAAAGAUCUCCGACAUGGGACAGUUUAUAUUUAAGAUCAAGCUUGUCGACGUGGAGAAGGUGGAGUGGUUGAACCGGCGGUCGUACAGCGCGAUAGGCUUGCUUCUCGGGUCGCGAGAAGGUCGUGUCCUGUUGCGCGGCGACCAGGGUCUGGAGGACUGGUUCGAGCUGCUGGAGGAGUGCACGCUCAGCAGCAAGGAGCGGCGUCGUGCUCUUCGGCUCACGCAAGGGCCACGAUCGCGCGCUUCGCUGGCGGCCCCCGUCUCGGCCGCGUCGCUGCAGAGCAACCACCUCGGCCUGGGCGGCACGUACUCGGGUGCGAUCGAGGACUGGCUGAUGUCGCGCCACCAGAAGGGUGGCGGCGGCAUCGGUGGCCCGCGGUUUAACCACAUCCUGCUGUCGGACUCGGUGCCGGACCUGAGCUCGAUCACCGAGAACGGCGGCCUGUGCGGCGGGAUGCUGACGAACCACUCGACGCCGAAGAAGGUGCCGAACGCGCGCCACAACCUGUCGGGCAGCUCGAGCAACGGCUACAGCAGCCACAACGGCAGCCUCUACAACGGAUUCCCGUACUCGCCGCUCAAAAAGCUGGCCGACAACUUCGUCAACGGCAACCACAGCUACACGCUGAACGAUGACCUCGAGGAGGAGGAGGUCGAGCUGCGGCGCGGUGGCCGGUACCGUGACCAGGACGAUCUCUACCGACGACCGCACGGACCGGCCGGCAACGACAGUAGCCGCCACUCCUUUUUGACCGAUCUGGAUUACGCCGGGUGUGACAGUGGGCUCGAUACGCCACCGUCGACCCACCGGCCAUCGAGCUGCCGGGACAACUUUUUCUUCGCGUCGGCCUACGGCAACAACCACCAUCCGCACGGGGCCGGCUUUCUGGGCAAGGACAAGACCACCGACACCGGCAUCAGCUCGUCGCGCGGUACGCUCGUGUCGCCGGCCAGCAGCAUCCGGCACGGGUACGUCAACGUGGGCCACAAUGGCAACGGCAACGGUGCCGCCAGCAACAACAACAACCAUCUGAACAGCUACGGCUCGAGGUACAGCGUCCAGGAGCAGAAGAUACUGCGAGCGCGCAACAACGAAGAGAACAAGAACUCGAUCCGCUCGGUGCGGGCCGAGUUUUUCGAGCAGAACAAGUACAGCAACAGCAACGGUCCGAGUAACAACAAUCACAUCAACAACAAUAGCAGCACCGGCAGCGGAAGUAACACCAACCAUCAUGGAUUCCAACCGCAGAACCACCAUCAUCACCACCAGCACCAUCAGCAUCUCCAUCAUCAUCAUCAUCAGGCUGGCACCGGCGGUAGCAACGGAAACCUGCACCAUCUGCAGGCCCAGUUCAAUGGGCUGAACAAUAACAACGGAAGCACGGCAGGCAGCGCCCAACAGCACAAUAGCGUCAACAACAACGUGCUGAAUGGUAACGGCGGUCAAGGCACGCCCCGGGAACGCUACCAGCAUCCGGCUCUGGCGGCCAUCAUCAACGAAUCGCAGGGAAUGAAGUUCAGAGAUCGUUCCUACUCCGACUGCCAGCAGCAGGCGCCCCGUGCUCGCCAGUGGACCAGCAACACUCCGAGCCCGAAGCGCAUCCCGUUCCUGGGCACCCCGCCAACGAGGGUCUAAGAAGCCGUCCGUCGCCUCGAUAGGAUUCGCCCGAUGGCCACUCUUCACGCACGCACGCACGCACACCUGCACUGUUGUGAAGGCUU